AUGCAAGUUGAAUCAUUUUUCUUUCAAAUUCAGUCACAAAUAAUUAACCGGCUUUUGAACAUAGCACAUUUCAAUAACUGAUAGAAGUUUUCUCAUUUCGUUAUUCUAGUAGUUUAAUUUUUCGGCUAAUGGCAUAAAUAUUUUUCUUUUAUAUAGCAAGUGCUAUUAUAUCGCUUUACUAAUACGACCCUAUCGCCUUUUAGCUGCACGCCCCUAACUGCAUUAAGCGAUGACGAAGGCGAAAUAGUUGUAAUAAAACAAUCUUUAACAAACGUGCACUUUCAAUUUAUUUGUACGCCUUACUUUUGAUUUAUUAUUUCAAACUGGUGACCGCAAUGUUAACAAAUACGUCUUGAAUUAAGAUUUAUAGAUUACAGCAUCGAAGUAGGCGACACCGAUCGCGACUUUGACACGACGGCUUAUUUAACAAUAAUUUCAAUUUCUUUCUGUGACUCUGGCCUAUUCGGUCAAAAUGGGCGUAGCAAAACCACUUUUCUUAUAGCUUAUAUAUUCGUGUAUAAUUGAUUAUUUAAUUCACUUUAAACUCCAUUAAAGAUUCAGUUUUCUCUGAUUUUCGCUUUUCCUCAGCAGUGCUGCCAUUCAACGAAUAUUAGCAACUCUUGACAAAGGAGGACAAGUCACAAUAGACCGGCGCCUAAAUGAUGCCCAACUUUUGUUUUGUACAUUCGGCUUUUGUGUUUGGUGUGGAGUCUCACAUUUCACAAAGCAACAUAAAUGGCGCUUUGGUACCACCAGCUGCUCUUCUCACCAUUCUUCAAAAAGGUUUAAUGUAUACAGAAGUUGAAUGGAGCGUUGGGGAGGAUGGUGAAGCUGGUCGUUCAGUUGAAGGAUUAAGUUUAAUUGAUGCCGUUAUGCCCGAAGUAAAGCCACCAAAACCAACACCAGUAAAAUCGGAGCCUGGCAAAGCUAGUGCAGACAGCAAUAGCGCAGCUGCAUCGUCAACAACCACAGGUGGUGUCGUAAAAUCGGAAGUAAAAUCCGAGGGCAGUACUCCUGGAGCUACGACAAACAAUGAACAACAGGCGGGAGGAGCUCCUGCAUCUGCUGAUUCUAAUGAAACUGAUGGCAAUACUAAUUCAGCUGCAAAUAGCGCAACAUCUGGUGCACCAUCCGUUGGAACUGCUAAUUCUACUGCUGGAACAACUAGUGACACACCUUCAACGGGAAAUAAAAAGGUCAACCCCUCGGAAGCAACAUCUGGCACCUCUUUAGCCACAAAUGAUCUUACAACAAAUACAAAUGUCAAUAACGGCAUUAACGCAGGCACUAACGCUAAUGUCAAUGAACCAACAACAACCACAAAUGCAGUAGUAACUGGUUCAGCAACUGGAACAAAUAUUUCAGGUGCCUGUACCACAACUACCUCUACCGGCAGCACUGCUAAUAAUAACAAUGCUGCAGGCAACUCUGAUAUUUUGGCCCAAAUACAAUUGGGUAAUACUGCUUCAACAACAGGAACAGAGCCAAUGGAUAUCGAUCAAGGUAUUGAGAUACCUGCCUCUAAGGCAACAGUUCUCCGUGGACAUGAGAGCGAAGUAUUCAUAUGUGCUUGGAACCCUAGUAGAGACCUUCUAGCAAGUGGUUCUGGUGAUAGCACUGCACGCAUAUGGGAUAUGUCUGAUGCAACCAGUAGCCCUAAUCAAUUAGUUUUACGCCAUUGCAUUCAAAAGGGAGGCGCCGAAGUUCCGAGCAACAAAGACGUUACAUCGUUAGAUUGGAAUUGCGAUGGUACCUUGCUAGCUACAGGGAGUUAUGAUGGCUACGCACGCAUAUGGAAAACCGAUGGUCGCUUGGCAUCAACUCUGGGUCAACAUAAGGGUCCAAUAUUUGCAUUAAAAUGGAAUAAACGGGGUAAUUAUAUACUAUCGGCAGGUGUUGACAAGACCACUAUAAUCUGGGAUGCUUCAACCGGACAAUGUAACCAACAAUUUUCUUUCCACAAUGCACCUGCACUGGAUGUCGAUUGGCAAACAAACGUAUCAUUCGCCUCAUGCAGUACUGAUCAACGUAUCCAUGUGUGUCGCCUUGGCUCAGAUAUGCCCAUUAAAACAUUUAAAGGUCAUACUAAUGAGGUGAACGCCAUAAAAUGGUGCCCACAAGGUCAAUUGCUUGCUUCCUGCUCGGACGAUAUGACACUGAAAAUUUGGAGUAUGAAGCAAGACAAAUGUUGUCAUGAUUUACAAGCACAUUCUAAGGAAAUCUAUACAAUCAAAUGGUCUCCCACUGGACCCGGAACACAAAAUCCUAACACGAAUCUAAUACUUGCUUCCGCGUCAUUUGACUCCACUGUACGUCUAUGGGAUGUUGAGCGUGGCACAUGCAUUCAUACUCUUACGAAACAUACAGAGCCUGUUUAUUCGGUAGCAUUUAGUCCAGACGGUAAAUAUUUAGCGUCGGGAAGUUUUGAUAAAUGUGUACAUAUUUGGAGUACUCAGUCUGGACAGUUAGUACACAGUUACAAAGGCACAGGUGGUAUUUUUGAGGUCUGUUGGAAUUCCAAGGGCACUAAAGUGGGUGCCAGCGCUUCGGAUGGCAGCGUUUUUGUGUUGGAUUUAAGAAAAAUCUAAAAUAUAGUUUAACUAUUCUCUAAUAUAUGAGCAAUUAUUAUAAGAAGGAAUUCGAACAUUUUAUGUUGAAAGAACAAAUCAUAAAACGCAAAACAUUAGUUAUAAGCUUUGAUGUAGAUUUCAAAGUACAAUAUUUAGUAUAUUUCAAUAAUUUUGUAAGAUAAUAUGAUGAUAUGGUCAAUCUGUUUUGAGUUUUGUUUACUAUGCUUCGCUCAAUAAAUAUUUGUAAUCAUCAAUU